CGGAUGUUGCGUCAGAACCGGAUGUGAGCCCUGUAAGUGUUUCGCGCGAGAUCCCAAAACAGCGUCCUGCGUUUACGGCCUUCAGUCAUGUUCUCAGACGCGGUGGAGCCGAAGGAGACGCUGCUCCGCCCUCCGAGCUCCGACGGGACGCUGUUCGAGAGACAGGAGCUGCUGUCGUACUCCAGCUGCUCGGAGCGUUUCCGUCUCGGAGAGCGCAGCUUCAGCCGUCAGUACGCUCACAUCUACGCCACUCGUCUCAUGCAGAUGCGGGAGAUCCUGAGCGAGAGAGCGCAGCAGAAAUGGGGUCCGUCGCUGCCUAUAAGGAAGCUGUGUGACCUGCAGACGGGAGAGAGGUGUGUGGUCGUGGGCACGUUAUUCAAACACAUGGAGCUGCAGCCGUCCAUCCUGAAGGAGAUCAGCGAGGAGCACAAUCUGCUCCCGCAGCCUCCUCGGGCCAAAUACAUCAGCCAAUCAGACGAGCUCAUUCUAGAGGACGAGCUGCAGAGGAUCAGACUGGAGGACAAAAUAGAAACGUCCAAGUUUGUUACCGGAAGUGUGAUCGCUGUCCUUGGUGCGGAGAAAAACGAUGGUAAAUUUACUGUGGAGGAUUUUUGUUUGGCUGAUCUGCCGCCUCAGAUGCCACGAGAGCCUUUAAACACAGACAGGUUCGUGCUCCUGGCCUCGGGGCUGGGGUUGGGCAGCAGUAAGGCAGAGAGCAUGCUGGGAUUGCAGCUGCUGGUCGACAUGGUGUCGGGUCACCUGGGCGACGAGGGAGAGCAGAGCGCCGCGGCGUCCAUCUCUCGCGUCCUGCUGGCUGGGAACCUGCUGAGUCGAAGCACACAGGAUAAAGACUCCAGCACGAAGGCAAAGUAUCUGACUAAGAAGACGCAGGCAGGAAGUGUGGAGGCCAUCAGACUGCUGGAUGAGCUGCUGGUUCAGCUGGUGGCCUCCGUAGCGGUGGACGUGAUGCCAGGAGAAUUUGACCCCACUAACUACACUCUACCUCAGCAGCCUCUACACAGCUGCAUGUUCCCUCUGUGCGGCUCGUACCGAACCCUGCAGCUCGUCACUAACCCUUACCAGGCCGCGGUGGACGGCGUGCGAUUCCUGGGCACUUCAGGACAGAAUGUGAGUGACAUUGUGAAGUACAGCAGUGUGGAUGAUCAUCUAGACGUUCUGGAGAACACGCUGCGACUCCGACAUCUGGCUCCUACUGCCCCAGACACACUGGGUUGUUACCCGUUCUACCAGAAGGACCCGUUCAUCCUGACCGAGUGUCCUCAUGUGUACUUCAGUGGAAACGCUCCGAGCUACCAGUCCAAACGCAUCACAGGUCCUGAAGGUCAGGAAGUGCUGCUGGUGACAAUCCCAGAAUUCAGCAGCACACAGACGGCCUGCCUCGUGAACCUACGCACGCUGGAGUGCGAGCCGAUCAGAUUUUCCGCCUUUUCCACCGAGGAUGAUGAAGAGAGCGAGAUGAAUGUUAGCCACUAAACAGUGCACAAUGUUUUUUUCUUAGCGAGCAGGAGCGAAACCCUCAGCGAUGAUGAACUAUUCAAUAAUAUGAACGGCCUCUAGAUUUACUGUCAAGGUAAAUAUGUCAGAAAUAAGGGGUUGGUAAACAUCCUGUUGCUCUUUGUGUUAAAAAUGAGUUGUUAAACAAAACCAAACUGAAACAUCCAUAAACAAGCCUUUAUUAGAUGAAACAACAAGUCCACUCGACCUCCAGAUAUCCGAGAGAAACGUCUCCUGUAGACACCGUGCGGUGCUGACGGAGUUGCUUAUUGUGUGAACAAAGUGUAAAUAAAGUCACUUUUCGUAUAAA